AUGGUGCUGGAACGACUACAACAGAUGGCGGCUCACGUCACAGGCCAGAAGACGCAAACGCACCCAUUCGAUCCCUUGUCUACAGAAGAAAUCGCAGCAGCUGUCGCGAUUGUACGCCGAGAGCAUCCGGAUGUUCAUUUCAAUGCUGUCACUCUCUGGGAACCGCGCAAGGCGGAAAUGAUGAAGUGGUUGGCAUCGCCAGAGACAGUCCCUAGGCCAGCGCGCGUAGCAGAUGUCGUGGCUAUUGGCAGAGGCAGCAAGGUUUACGAUGGUCUCGUCAAUCUCACAGAAGCUCGACUAGUGAGCUGGCAGCUUACUGAAGGUGUGCAGCCACUGAUCACGAUGGAGGACUUACAGAUUGUUGAGACCGUCGUACGCAAGGAUCCGAAGGUCAUCGAGCAGUGCGGCAUUCUUGGAAUUCCACCAGAAGAUAUGCACAAGGUGUACUGCGAUCCUUGGACCAUUGGCUACGACGAGAGAUUCGGAUCUGGAAUUCGAUUGCAGCAGGCAUUGAUGUACUAUCGGCCGCACGUGGACGACAGCCAGUAUACUUAUCCUCUUGACUUCUGCCCGAUCUACAAUGCCGAUACCCAGGAGAUCAUGCACAUUGACGUUCCUAAGGUCCGAAGACCAUUGAAUACUGCUCCUCCGAUCAACUAUCACUCAGAUGCGAUCAAGAAGGAGAGUGGCUUCAGAACAGAUUUGAAGCCAAUCCACAUCUCCCAACCAGAAGGCGUAUCUUUCACAGUAGAUGGACGCACAUUGAAGUGGCAGAAUUGGUCCGUUCAUGUCGGCUUCAACUACAAAGAAGGAAUUGUGUUGUCCAACAUCACAUUCAACGAUAAAGGUAACGUCCGCCCGGUAUUCUGGCGUAUGUCUCUGGCGGAGAUGGUCGUACCCUACGGCAACCCAGAACAUCCUCACCAGCGCAAACACGCUUUUGAUCUUGGCGAGUAUGGCGGAGGAUACAUGACCAAUUCUCUUGCUCUCGGAUGCGACUGCAAAGGUGCGAUUCAUUACAUGGAUGCUGAUUUCGUCAAUCGUGCUGGUGAGCCACAGACGAUCAAGAACGCAAUCUGUAUCCACGAAGAAGAUGCCGGCAUUUUAUUCAAGCACACCGACUUCCGAGAUGAUUCGUGCACAGUAACCCGCGCUCGCAAAGUUAUCAUCAGUCACGUCUUUACCGCCGCCAACUACGAAUACUGCGUGUACUGGAUCUUCCACCAAGACGGAACGAUCCAACUCGAAAUCAAGCUCACCGGAAUCCUAAACACCUACGCCCUCGCACCAGGCGAAGACGCAGCUCCUUGGGGCACAGAAGUCUAUCCCGGCGUCAACGCUCACAACCACCAACAUCUCUUCUGCUUACGUCUCGACCCGAACAUCGAUGGGCCAAACAAUACCGUCUUCCAGGUCGAUGCCACGCGCGGCGAAGCUCCCGUAGGCUCGAGCGAGAAUCCCUACGGAAACGCUUUCUACGCGAAGAAGACCAAACUCGCAACACCGAAUACUGCGAAGAGCGACUACGACGGCAACACCAGCCGAACAUGGGAUAUGGCCAACACGAACAAGAUCAAUGCCUACAGCAAGAAGCCGGUAUCAUACAAACUCGUCAGCCGAGAAGUUCCCCCUCUCCUUCCCAAGGAAGGCAGUCUCGUCUGGAAGCGCGCUGGCUUCGCUCGUCAUGCUGUCCACGUUACGAAAUACGACGACUCUCAAAUCCACCCCGCAGGCCGUCACGUCCCUCAAACCUCCGGCGAACCCUCCCAAGGUCUUCCAGCGUGGAUCGCAGCGGAUCCAGACGCAAAUCUCGAUAACGAAGAUGUCGUGCUUUGGCAUACUUUCGGUCUGACACACUUCCCGGCGCCAGAAGAUUAUCCUGUCAUGCCUGCGGAGCCAAUGACGGUUCUGCUGAGGCCACGAAACUUUUUCACGCAGAACCCUUGCAUGGAUGUGCCGCCUUCAUAUUCGAGCACGCCGAGUCAGGUUGCGGCGGGCAAGACGGGAAUCAAGGGUAUGGUGGAUGGGAUCAGUAGGUUAGCAUUCGGUGGAUCAGAGCAGAAGAAGCCUAGCAAUGAAUGCGGAGGGUGCAAGUAG